AUGGCGGAAAGCGUGGCCAAGAGGCCCCUGAGAGAAGGCUGCUCCAAGGGAAGGGUGAAAGGCCGAGCAUUGGCGUUUGUGAGGGAGAGAGGCCGGGCCGGGGCCGCGGGGAUGGCGCGGCUGGGCCGGAACAGCCGCGGACAAAGGAGCACGAGGCCGGGAGGCCGCGGCAAGGCCCGGCACACCCCGCUUCCCGUGCUCCCCUCCCCGCCCCCGCGGCCUCCCCCGGCUCUAGAACACAGCCAGCAGCGGGACGCGGUGCCCUCCCGCCCCGCUGCAGCUGAAGUCAGUAUGGCCUCAGGAAAGACCCCAACCCCAGAGCUGCUGAAGGCUGAGGAGCAGCAGAGUGUGAGCGCUGUCAACCGAGUCACCAGCCUGCCCUUGCUCAAUUCUGCCUUCAACCUGGUCUCCUCUGCCUACAACCACACCAAGGAGUCCCACCCCUGCCUCAGUGGUGUCUGCAGCGUGGCUGAGACCGUGGCUGCCGUGGCUGUGGGCAGCGUGGUCGGAGGGGCACAGCCCAUCCUGAGCCAGCUCGAGCCACAGAUCGCUCUUGUGAAUGAAUAUGCCUGUAAAGGUCUGGAUCAGCUGGAGGAGAACUUGCCCUUCCUGCAGCAGCCAGCAGACAAGGUAAUCUCAGACACCAAGCAGCUGGUGUCCACCAAAGUGACAUCUGCUAUGGACGCUGCCUGCGAGGCCAAGGAAGGGGCCAAGGACCUGGUGGCCAACAAGGUGACCGAAGCAGUGGACCUGACCAAAGGGGCUGUUCAAGACAGCGUUGAGAAGACCAAAUCUGUGGUCACCUCUACAGUCAGUACAGCUCUGGAUGCUGCAGUGAGCCAGGCAGUGGCUGGAGGUGUGGAAUCUGUCCUGGGAAUGUCAGAAGAUCUGGUGGAUCAUUACCUCCCAGUGACCGAGGAGGAACUAGGUCAGCUGGCCACCACGGUGCAGGGCUUUGGCGUGGCCUCCGUGGAGGAGCAGAAGAGGCAGCAGAGUUACUUUGUGCGCCUGGGCUCGCUGUCGGGCAGGGUCCGGCACCGAGCCUACCAGCACUCCCUGGCCAAGCUGCAGGGCUUCAGACACCGCACCCAGGACACCCUCUCACGGCUGCAGCUGGCAAUAAAACUGAUUGAAUCUGUGAAACAGGAGGUUGGCCAGAAGCUGCUGGAAGGGCGGGAGAAGCUCCAUCAGCUGUGGGUGGACUGGAGCCUGACGCAGCCCAAAGGAAACCAAGUCAGAACUGCGAGCCAGCCAGAGGUGGAGCCGCGCACUCUGGCCAUGCUGAGGAUCAUCACCCAGCAGCUCCAGCCCGCCUACCACAGCCUCAAGCUCAGCAUCCACGGCCUCCCCAGCAGCAUCCAGGAAGCUGUGUCUCGGGCCACUCGACACAUCCACAAGCUCCACAGCUCUUUUUCCAGGGCCGUGUCCUUCCAGGACCUCUCCAGAACCACCCUGGCCCGGAGCCAGGAGCGCGUGGCGGAGGCCCGGAGGUCCCUCGAUGUCCUCUUUGAGUAUGUCACUCACAACACCCCUCUGAACUGGAUUGUGGGGCCCUUCAGGGCCAUGGCUAAGGUGGCACAGGACAGCAGAAAGCACAAGAAGAGAGAGAUGAGGAGUGAUAUAAAAUUACCCAAGUUGGAGAAGGCUCCACUAUCACAGAAGGUGACAAAGGCACCUGAAGAACCAAAGGGAACCAACAGGCUCUCAGAAAAAUGGUGUGAAGUGCUAGAGAAGCUGGAGGAGAAGGUAGGGAAGGACACAGAGGUGGCCCUGGCUGCAAAGGAGAUAAAAACCAGUGCAGCAGAGGAAGAUCUCUGA